UUUCAAUUUCACAGCGGCAAAUAGCCAGCGCUUACAUAAGGUGCCAUACAGGGAUAUCGAGGUGUUAGCGCCCUCAACGCAAGCCUGCUCUCCUUACAGUCGUAAUGUCGCUCAAAGUCCCAAAAGCAAACAAUAUCCAGCUCUUCAAGGAGGGCUACAAGGUAUGUUUGUGGCUUAAACUGACCUUCAUUAUAUUUGACUUGCGCUUUCAGCAUAUUUCAGGGCUUGAGGAUGCUGUUCUGCGAAACAUUCAAGCAGUCGCAGAGUUAUCCGAUCUUGUGAGGACAAGUUUUGGACCCAAUGGCCGGAAUAAGCUUGUCAUCAACCAUUUGGGCAAACUGUUCGUGACCUCAGAUGCCGCUACAAUCAUUCGUGAAAUCGAAGUCGUGCACCCCGCCGCGAAACUUCUCGUCAUGGCAUCUCAAGCUCAGGAGUCCGAAAUGGGCGACGCGACCAACACGGUUAUUAUCUUUGCAGGAGAGCUAUUGAAAAAGGCAGAGCAUCUGCUUAUCAUGGGUCUGCAUCCGAGCGAAAUCAUCAAGGGUUACGAGCUUGCGUCCGUGAAAGGUUUGGAGGAACUAGAAAAGCUGUCCUCAAGCACUCUUCCAACCCCAUUAACCUAUGAGACGCUUGCGACGGCUUUGAAACCCGCUAUCGCAUCAAAACAGUACGGCUUCGAGGACCUGCUCGCGUCUCUCGUUGCUGAAGCCGCUCUUGCGGUUAUGCCUGCGAACCCCAAGAAUUUCAACGUGGACAAUGUACGUGUGGUGAAGAUCAUGGGUGGUAGUCUGGCUGGUAGCAAGGUUGUAAAGGGUAUGGUUUUCGGCCGGGAGCCAGAAGGGCAAGUCAAGAAGGUCAAGAAAGCCAAGGUUGCGGUGUACACUUGUGGUCUCGACAUUGCGCAAACGGAGACCAAGGGAACUGUCCUGAUCAAAAGCGCAGAUGAGAUGCUGAAUUUCACCUCAGGCGAGGAGAAGCACAUGGAGAAAAUAUUCAAAGAGAUCGCUGAUUCCGGUGUUCGAGUCGUAAUUGCUGGUUCGACCGUUGGGGAACUUGCUCUCCACUAUCUGAACCGAUUCAACAUCGCCGUUCUCAAGGUCCUCUCCAAGUUCGAGCUCCGUCGACUCUGCCGAGUUGUCAACGCCACACCACUCGCCCGUCUCGGUGCACCAACACCUGAAGAAGUUGGCCACGUCGAUAUCUUCGAAUGCAUUGAAGUUGGUGGUGACCGAGUUACCGUCCUCAGACAAGUCAACCCGGAAGACGAAGACUUCGAUCCAACCGAGUCUACCGGUGAGAAGACCCGUACUGCAACAAUCGUUCUGCGUGGUGCGACGAGUAAUCAGCUGGAUGACCUCGAGCGUGCAGUGGACGAUGGCGUGAGCGUCAUCAAGGCGUUGUUGAAGGAUGGCAGGUUGGUCCCCGGAGCAGGUGCUACAGAGCUGGAGUUGGCGAAGCGAGUGGAUAUCUAUGGAAGUGGGUUGAAGGGCUUGUCACAACAUGGUGUGAGGCGAUGGGCUAGUGCGUUGGAGGUCGUUCCCAGGACAUUGGCCGAGAAUGCAUUGGGUGGUGCUGAAGGUAAUGAGAUUGUCAGCCGGUUGUGGGCGAAGCAUGAGGCUGAGGGCGGUGAGGCAUGGGGUGUUGACAUCGAGGAGGAGAGUGAUGGCACGCUCGACGCUGCUGAACACAAAAUCUUCGAUUCGUUCUCCGCCAAACAGUGGGCCAUUAAGCUUGCGACGGAGGCUGCCACGUCUGUCCUCAGCGUCGACAGUAUCAUUAUGAGCAAGCCCGCGGGCGGACCAAAAAUACCACAACAGGCUGGUAAUUGGGACGAGGACUAGGACGAUUAGUACUACUGCAACGAUAUGAUGUGAGAGAGCCAAGGCUAACGACAUACGCUUAAUCUCGAUGUAUAAUAAUGCAUUGUCCAAAUACGAGGAUGUAAAAAUCCAGCAACAAAGGUCAGACAUAUAAGUUAUGAAGUAGUAGAAGGCUUCGAGGAUUCUGCAAGCUGAGCAGUGUCCUUACUUUCCUUCUCAACCGCCUUGUUAGCCUUCUCCCUUGCCUCCCACUCCUUCAACUUCAUCUCAUACCACUCCCACACCGUCCGCCCAACCAUCUCCCCACCAAACUCCCCAUCAUCCUCCAACGGAAACGCAUCCUCUUCCAUCUUCCCUUUCUUCCCCGCCUUCUCCUUCCGUUUCCUUUCUGCAUCUUCCAUCGCUUCAAUAAACUUCGAAGGAAGUGGAGGCACUCCAAGCGUCACAACCGAGCAUUCCCUAUACAGUGCACCAGGUUUGAGGACUUCCUCGGGUAAUCUAUCAUCGAUAUCUCCUUGCUUGUUUGAUUCAGAGGAAGAAGAGGGAUCGGUGGCUGCAGAGACUUGAGCGAGAGCGCGUUUGAAUGGAGUCGGGAGGAAUAGGGCGUGAAGCACAGAUUGAAGUGCUGCGAUCGGGGACUUUGUGAAAAGCCAAAGCAGUGGGUACAGCAAGAAGUAUCUGAAUGCAUGCAAAAGAGAGGGUAAGCAAUG